AAUGUUUUUCAUGGCAACGUUGCCAGGGAGAUGGGAUAUUUACCAACAAGGCCAACAAGUUACCAAAAGAACUUUUCUCCAGCUCUGAAAAUUCGUUUAAAAAAAUGCCAAUUUUCUCAAAGAAAUUUUCCUACAAAAGUGCCCCACCGCGGAAUAGAAGAGUCCUCGAAAGUGACUGCCCGCGGAUUCAUGAGAAGCUGGAGGAAUUCCGGAAUAUUCAGCUACAUCUCGACGAAGGUGGGUAUACAUUUGCAAAUGGUGCCUGGACGGAGGGAAUGACAAAGGAAUCUGCCACAAGUAGCAGAGGAACAGCCAGCAAUGAGCAGCAGCUGAGGGAGAAAGUUACAAAAUUAACCGAAGAAAAUAAUUUGCUGAAGAUUAAAAUUGAUAUUCUUGUGGAUCUCUUGACGGAAAAUACAGUUGAAUUGAAUGAAAUAAAGGAG